CUCAUGUUUUUGUCAUUCAGAUUAGUUUAGUAAUUAAUUAAACAUCAAUUCAGCCUAUUAUGGCAAAAUUGUGACAAUUUUGUAUGAUUUUAAUUAACAGAUACAGCCAAGAAGGUCAAGCUCUCUUAAGGUGGGAUGAACACAAACCACCAUUUUAACGUUGGUGUCUUUAAAACUAGCUACUUUUCAUGCUACAUUAAUUUUAUAAAUACUUUGUCUAACAGGAAAUGAACAGCUAAUGGAAUUAGCACCUCUGCUCUGUAAUGGGACACUAAAUUGUAUCCUACAUGUAUUCAUUAAAAGUGCUCGCUUGUCCAGCAUACAGAUCUUUGUAUCUUCCACUGCCCAAAGACUAUCACAUGCUGCUAUAGCAUAAUAUACCUGAGAAACCAGGAUCCAUGAAACAUAAUUUAUGCUCAUCACCAUGUGAUAUGAAACGCAGAACACAUCCUCAGAUGAUGGAAUAAUGAAACAGCAUCACAUGGAUGUGUCUCAUCAGCUGACCAUGGGUUCAAACAUGUCCCAGCAAACAAGCUAAACCAAUGAGCGUUAAUAAACUGAUCGCAGAUGUGUGUGUUAUUGAAAGCCAUGACUCAGCCGUGAGGUCUCGAUGUUUUCUGUCCGCAUUCAGUGCUGUAAAGUGAUCCGGUGAUGCUGUGCGGUGACCUCGGCGCACCGUCUGCGACCUCCACCGGCAAACUCUCACGGAAACGGGAUCCUGUCGACCCGGUUGUUCCGCUGCUGCAGGCGUGGGAAAAACAGUGCAAAAACUGUGCAGAUCCGUAUUCCAUGUGCAUUAUUGGCCAAACGUUUUACAGACUUUUGGAGAGAUUAAAAGUCAGCGAUGGUUUUGAGACUGUCAAACAGGGCAUGCGUCCUCUCUGGAUCAGCUCGCCUCAAAAGCACUUUGUCAACCUACUUCGAUGAGAUGGGAAAAGCUGGUAUCAUCCUAAAAUCUGCGUCAACUGGCAUAUUUGAGAACCUGGCCUUAGAAGACUGGAUUCCCGAUCGCGUCGAUCUGCAAAACAGAAGCAUGCUGUUAUUAUGGAGAAAUUCACCCGUGGUUGUCAUAGGAAGGCAUCAAAACCCCUGGCAGGAGUGUAACCUGCCCUUGAUGAGACGCUUGGGAAUCCCGCUAGCGAGGCGUCGCAGUGGAGGUGGAACGGUUUUCCAUGAUUUUGGAAACAUCAACAUGACCUUCUUCACCUCCAAGAAGAAAUACGACCGUCACAGAAACCUCAAAGUCGUUACUAGUGCAUUAAAAGCACUGAGACCCGAUCUAGAUGUCGCAGCGACAGACAGAUUUGAUAUUUUGUUAAAUGGCCAUUACAAAAUAUCAGGCACUGCUGCGAAAUUAGGCAGGACCUCUGCUUAUCAUCACUGUACAUUAUUGUGUUCUGUUGACCGUUCAAUAUUGUCCUCAGUCCUGAAGAGUAACACUUCUGAAGUUAUCAAAAGCAACGCUACCCCAAGCGUUCCUUCCCCUGUCAAGAACCUUUUGGAUGUGGAUCCCACUCUUGACUCUAACACUAUCAUGGAUGCUAUUGCUUCCCAGUACAGUAAUGAAUUUGGAUUUGACAGCCCAGUCAUCACAGUGGACCCCACUCAUGAAGGUCUCAUGCCUGGCAUUCAUAAGAUGGCACAGGAUCUGCAGACGUGGGAGUGGAUUUAUGGCAGAACUCCGAAAUUCAGUGUUUGCUCUUCUAUAGUGGUGGAUGAUGUGACUAUAAAGCUUGAUAUGGACAUCAAAAAUGGUGCUGUAGGACAAUGUGCUAUGGAAAUCCCGGAAAACUGGCUUCCUUCAGAGAUGGUGAAUGAGUUUACAUCAACUCUGAAUGGCAGCAACUACUGUCCGAAUGAAACCGCAGUGCUGAUGGCGGCGUUCAUGAGAACAGUUUCAAUGACUGCGGAUGUUGCUGAGAAGAUUCAUAGAUUGUGUGCUGGUGUGGUUUCAGUGAUGUGAAUAAAAAUGAAGUCAGAAAUGAACAUUGUGAUACUUAAUUUCAAAAUCUUUAAAGUGGCCUCCUGCACAGUCACAGUUUACAGAGAUUUGAUAUGAAAAACACAAAUAACGCUACCAAUUCUGUGAUGAAACUGUUGAAAUACUUUGACAUUUUAAGCAUUGGGCAGACAUUACUGUAGACAUAAUUCACAUCUAAUUCAUUUAAACCAUUAAAUGCUUGCAAAUAU